AUGAAGCAACGUACAUGUAUCAAUAUUUUCAUUGUCAUUGUUAUAUUAGCAAUUGCAGUAUCACUUCUUGUUCACUUUAUACAUCAUUCUACAAAACAUGAAGUUUCACCAAUUGAUACAUUAAAUACAAAAACUACUGGUACCGUUACAAUUUCAAAUGAUAACAAUGUUCAAACAUCGACUUCUAAUCAAUCAGUCUUUUCGAAUAUGAAUACAUCGUUAAAUAUUGGACGAUCUGACUUUGGAAGUAUAUUAUUACCAAAUGGACAUGUUCUUAUAGCUGGCGGCCAUUUUAAUUCCAGUACAGUAUCUUCAGGCACUGAAGUUUAUACAUCAACCGGAUGGCAAUUUGCAGCUCCGAUGAAAGUACCACGUGGUUAUCAUACUGUUACUGCUUUUGCAAAUAAUACUAAAGUAUUAGCCGCUGGUAGUUCAGCUACAUCCGGUCAACAAACUGCCGAAGUAUAUAACGCUGUAAACAAUACAUGGGCACUCACAUCAAUUAAUAUGUUAAGUCCUCAUAUCAGACACACAGCUACACUACUUGCAAAUGGACAAAUUCUUAUUGCAGGUGGAUAUAAUAUUUCAGGAGGUGUUAAUGCUAGUAAUUAUCUUAUUUCAACAGCAGAACUUUAUAUUAAUGACUCUUGGACUCUCUUAUCUACUCGUAUGACUCAUAGUCGAGCUUUUCAUGCUGCUGUAUUAUUAAAUGAUGGAACUGUAUUAGUUGCAGGUGGAGGCGACGGUACUCCAGGUGCAUACCCAACUGCUGAGAUUUAUAAUGCAACAUCAGAAAAGUUUACAGCUGUUGGAUCAAUGCAAUAUCGUCGAGCAGCAUUCACCCUUACACUUCUACCAUCAGGUAAAGUAUUAGCAAUUGGUGGUGCUGAUUGGUCAUCUGGUACGUAUCCACUUGUAUGUGAAUUAUAUGAUCCUGUAACAAGAACGUGGUCAAAUAAUGCUAUGUUGAAUUAUGGAAGAAGUUAUCAUCAAAGUGUUUUAACAAGUAGUUUUGUAUUAACUAUGGGUGGCACCAAUGGAAACAAUAAUAGACUUAACAGUUCUGAAAAAUACAAUUUAUGA